UAAUUUUCAAACCACAACUAAUAACUCACUCUUUCCUCUCUCAAACCAAAAUGGCUUCAAAGCUUUGUUUCUUAAUACUAUUUCUCAUUCUCUUACCAUUAUUUGCUUCCUCAGAAACUGUUCCAAAUCCCACCACUUCUGUCUCACCGGGAACUGCAUGUAAAUCCACCCCAGACCCAUCCUAUUGCAAAUCCGUUCUCCCUCCCCAAAACGGUAACGUUUACGACUAUGGUCGAUUCUCUGUCAAAAAAUCACUCUCACAAGCCCGCAAGUUCUUAAACCUAGUUGAUAAAUACCUCCAACGUGGUUCUUCUCUUUCCGCCACCGCAAUCCGUGCACUUCAAGAUUGUCGCACUCUCGGAGAACUCAACUUCGAUUUUCUUUCUAGUUCCUUCCAAACAGUGAACAAGACAACGAGGUUUCUUCCUAGUUUUCAAGCUGAUGAUAUCCAAACCUUACUCAGCGCCAUCUUAACCAACCAGCAAACAUGCUUGGACGGUCUCAAAGACACAGCUUCAGCUUGGAGCGUGAGAAACGGUCUCAGUGUUCCACUCUCCAACGACACCAAAUUAUACAGUGUCUCUCUCGCUCUCUUCAUCAAGGGUUGGGUUCCCAGAACCAAAGCCAAAGCAAUGCACCCUACCAAGAAACAACUUGGAUUCAAAAACGGGCGUUUGCCGCUUAAGAUGUCAAGCAGAACCCGCGCGAUCUACGAGUCCGUGAGUAGGAGGAAGCUCCUUCAGGCCAAGGUGGGCGACGAGGUUGUGGUGAGGGAUAUUGUGACAGUGAGCCAAGAUGGAAGUGGGAACUUCACCACUAUCAAUGAUGCCAUUGCCGCGGCUCCUAACAAAUCUGUCUCCACAGAUGGCUACUUCCUCAUCUAUGUAACUGCCGGUGUGUAUGAGGAAAAUGUGUCCAUUGAUAAGAAGAAGACGUAUUUGAUGAUGGUCGGGGAUGGUAUCAACAAGACAAUUAUCACAGGCAAUCGUAGUGUCGUUGAUGGCUGGACAACCUUCAGCUCCGCAACACUUGCUGUGGUAGGGCAAGGAUUCGUGGGUGUGAACAUGACCAUCCGCAACACCGCCGGGGCAGUGAAGCACCAAGCAGUUGCACUUCGAAGCGGAGCAGAUUUGUCCACGUUUUACAGUUGCAGCUUUGAGGGAUACCAAGACACACUAUACGUACAUUCCUUGAGACAAUUCUACAGCGAAUGCGACAUCUUCGGCACGGUGGAUUUCAUCUUCGGAAACGCCAAGGUUGUCUUCCAAAAUUGCAACAUGUACCCUCGUCUCCCCAUGAGUGGUCAAUUCAACGCUAUCACCGCACAGGGAAGAACAGACCCGAAUCAAGACACAGGUAUCUCAAUCCAUAAUAGUACCAUAAGAGCAGCUGAUGAUUUGGCUUCUAGCAACGGUGUUGCAACGUAUCUGGGAAGGCCAUGGAAGGAGUAUUCUAGAACGGUUUAUAUGCAAACUUUCAUGGACAGUGUGAUCCACGCUAAGGGGUGGCGUGAAUGGGACGGUGAUUUUGCAUUAAGCACUUUGUAUUACGCAGAAUACAGCAACAGUGGGCCAGGGUCUGGAACCGAUAAUAGAGUGACGUGGCCUGGUUAUCAUGUGAUUAAUGCCACCGAUGCAUCUAACUUUACUGUGUCCAAUUUCUUGCUUGGGGAUGAUUGGUUACCACAGACAGGAGUGAGUUAUACCAAUAAUUUGAUAUAGAAGAUAUAGUGGAUUGAUUACACAUUCACUUUCUUCUUUUACUUUGGGUAUUUUUUGUAUUAAAAAAAUAAGCUGACCAUUGCCAGUACUCUAAUCUACUAAUUAAUUAAUACCCUACCUCUACCUCCGCCAAAUGUUCAAAUUCCAAAGCAUCUUUCAUUGAAAAUUAUUGUGAUUUAGUUAUAAAGCAAAUUGAUAUUGUAUUGGUUUCUGCGCCCUUCACAA